AUGGCAGAAAUCUUUGGACAGCUCUUAUCGAUCAUGGGCGCCAACAUCUAUGAUAACGGUCCGAGAUACGUGAAAGGCCACGCGACUGCCAGGGCGUUCUCGUGGCUCUCGGUGUUGAUCGCGUCGGUAUUGAUGGUUGUGCUCCGUCGCCAGAACAAGAAACUAGUUGAUAUCCUGCAGGACUACGCAAGGCGUAGGUAG